AUGGAGCGUGGAAUCUUCGGUAACAACUCUCCGUUUCGUUACGCUGAACUGUCGGACACUGCCGACCUGAGUUACCUCGCAGAUGGCUUCACAAAGCCCUCAUCUGCCUGUAAAAUUUCGUUCGAUCCUAGAACGCAUCCGAACGCCGAAAUAAGAGGGCAUGAUUUCCUCCUCACGAACAACAAGUCGUUGUGGGACCAUCACGAAGUGGGCACGCAAAGCGCUUCGAGUCAAAACCGUCGACCGUGGUUCAUCGGUAGAUUAUCAACAAUAACCCGCCAACAUGUCAAAUUUCGUGGCGGCGACCGAUUUUUAAGCAAUUCGAUAGUUCUAAGGAAAUCUCGGAAUCGCGAGCAAGUUUUAGAUGUGUCAUUCCUUUGUGCUCCACUGGACCGUAAGUUCAGCUGCAGUAUGGAAAGUAUAGGCGCACUAUCUGGCUUUCACAUUUAUUGGCUCCCGUAA